CCCUCCUUCGGCUGAGAGGCUCCUUCCCGGGGCAACGAGGGCGACCGCGAGCACAGGUAAAGCGAAGGGAGCCACAGAAUACGCGUGAGCCUGAGACUCUUGCAGUCCUCUCAAUGCUACUCCUAGGUGUCGCUUCCCCUCAAAAGAAAUAGUUUUCACCUAGGUAGACUCGGCCCUGAGACGUGAGCAGCGCGCCUGCGCGAAAGAGCGAAGAUGGCUGCCCUCGACGCUUGCGCAUGAGGACCUAGGCGGUGGCAGCCAGCGCCUGCGCACCAAGGCAAGGCAGAGGCUUGCGCCUGCGCGACGCGGCGCUGCGGAAACCGUUGGCUCAUUUGCAUCUCCCCGCCUCGCCAGGCUGUGGAUAAGGGGCCCGAGGCGGCGGCGGCAGCGGCGGGGGCGGCACCGCACGCGGCAGGCUCCGGGAGAAAAAAACCAUGGCAGCAAGGCGGAUGGCGCAGGACUCUUUGGACAGCGUAUUACAGGAGAAAUCUAAACGGUAUGGGGAUUCCGAAGCUGUUGGUGAAGCUCUCCAUCUUAAAGCUCAAGAUCUCCUAAGGACAGGCUCAAGAGCCAGAGCAGAUGUCUAUGAGGACAUUCAUGGUGAUAGCAGGUAUUCUGCCAGCGGAUCUGGAGUGUAUUCACUAGACAUGGGAAGAGAGGGUCUGAGAGGUGACAUGUUUGUGGGACCCUCCUUCAGAUCAAGCAACCAGUCUGUUGGCGAAGACAGCUAUCUUCGUAAAGAAUGUGGCCGGGAUCUGGAACCAGCCCAUACUGACUCCCGGGACCAGAGUUUUAGCCACCGGAAUCUGGGACAUUUUCCUUCUCAGGACUGGAAACUUGCGCUCCGUGGCUCUUGGGAGCAAGACUUGGGCCACUCAGUUUCUCAAGAAUCCUCCUGGUCACAGGAGUAUGGUUUUGGGCCCUCAUUGUUAGGAGACUUGGCCUCCUGCAGGCGGAUGGAGAAGGAGAGUCGGGAUUAUGACCUGGACCAUCCUGGGGAGAUGGACUCUGUGUCGAGAAGCAGUGGGCAAGUCCUGACCAGAGGCCGAGCUCUUAACACAGCUGACCAGGAAGGCACUCUACUAGGAAAGGGGGACGCCCAGGGUCUGCUUGGAGCAAAGGGUGUUGGGAAGCUUAUCACACUGAAAAGCAUGACCACGAAGAAAAUGCCUGUUGCCAGUCGUAUUACUUCCAAACCUCAGGGCACUAACCAAAUCCAGAAACCCACCCCAAGUCCUGAUGUAACCAUUGGGACAAGUCCAGUGCUAGAUGAAAUCCAGUUCGCUGCUCUGAAGAUUCCUUUGGGGCUGGACCUUAGGACCCUUGGCUUGCCCAGAAGGAAGAUGGGUUUUGAUGCCAUAGACAAGGCAGAUGUGUUCUCAAGGUUUGGCAUAGAGAUCAUCAAGUGGGCAGGAUUCCACACUAUCAAGGAUGACCUGAAGUUCUCCCAACUCUUCCAGACUCUGUUUGAACUGGAAACUGAGACCUGUGCCAAGAUGCUGGCCUCCUUCAAAUGCUCCUUGAAGCCGGAGCAUAGAGAUUUCUGCUUUUUUACCAUCAAGUUUCUAAAGCACUCUGCUCUGAAAACGCCCCGAGUUGAUAAUGAGUUUUUAAACAUGCUUUUAGACAAAGGUGCUGUGAAGACCAAAAACUGCUUUUUUGAGAUCAUCAAGCCCUUCGACAAGUCCAUCAUGCGGCUCCAGGACCGGCUGCUGAAGGGCGUCACGCCCUUACUCAUGGCCUGUAAUGCCUAUGAGCUGAGUGUCAAGAUGAAGACCCUCACUAGCCCAUUGGACCUGGCUAUGGCCCUGGAGACCACCAACUCUCUUUGCAGGAAGUCCCUGGCCCUCUUAGGCCAGACCUUCUCCUUGGCUUCUUCCUUCCGGCAGGAGAAGAUCCUAGAGGCUGUGGGCCUCCAAGACAUCGCCCCAUCUCCGGCCUACUUCCCAAAUUUUGAAGAUUCCACUUUGUUCGGAAGGGAGUACAUAGACCACCUGAAGGCCUGGCUUAUGGCCAGUGGCUAUCCCCUCCAUCUCAAGAGAGCUGUGCCCCCAGAGUCCCGAGAACAGAAAACCACAGCUCAGACCUGGGCUUCAAGCACUCUGAGCCAAGCAGUUCCCCAGCGGGCGGAUCACAGGGUGGUGGACACCAUUGACCAGCUUGUCAUGCGUGUCAUCCAAGGAAGGCUAUCUCCCAGAGAGAGAACACUUCUCCUACAGGACCCUGCUUACUGGUUUCUGUCUGAUGAGAGUAGCCUGGAGUAUAAGUACUACAAGCUGAAGUUGGCAGAGUCACAGCGACUGAACCACAGCUGGCCCAUCGUGGAGCGGAGGCCAACACCCGCACAGUGUGCGGUGCGUGCCAUGCUGUAUGCACAAGCUGUGCGAAGCCUCAAGCGCAGACUUCUCCCAUGGCAGCGCAGGCGGCUGCUUCGCUCCCAAGGUCCUCGAGGCCUGAAGGCCAAGAAAGCCACCACUGCCCAGCAGACAUCCCUGUCCUCAGGCACUCGGCAGAAACACCAUGGCCGCCAGGCUUCUGGCUCCUUGAGGGUGAAGCCACCACCACGGGAUUCAAGUGAUGCUGCCCAGGACUGCCUAUCAGAGCCUGCCAAACCCUGUCCUCAACCCUCCAGCCCUGGAGCCUUGGGCCCGUCUCCUCGGCCAACUGGAGGGGAUGACUCAGAAGCCCUGCCGGCCUCUUCUCGAUGCCCCUCUGCUAAUAUGGAUGCAAAGACCAUGGAGACUGCUGAGAAGCUGGCCAGAUUUGUGGCUCAGGUCGGCCCUGAAAUUGAGCAGUUCAGCAUAGAGAACAGCACUGACAACCCUGACCUGUGGUUCCUGCACGACCAGAGCAGCUCAGCUUUCAAGUUCUACCGAGAGAAGGUGCUGGAACUGUGCCCAUCCAUCUCCUUCCAGUCCACUGGUGAGGCAGGGGACUCAGUACAGAGCCCCACAGCUGGCAAGGAGGGUAAGGGUGAGCCACAGGAGGGGCACCCUGAGCAGGAGGCUUCACUGGAGGGCACUGAGGUGCUGCCUGAGGAGGAGGAGGAAGAGGAAGAUGAGGAGGAGAGCGAGGACGAGGGUGGAGAGGAGACCUCCACUCUCAGGCCACAGGCAGAAGCUGCCAAGUGUCCAGGCUCUGAGGGCAGUUCCCCUACUGACAGCAUCCCUGGAGAGGGGUCCAGAGAGGACCAGGCCAGCACCCCUGGCCUGUCCCAGGCCUCCUCUGGCAGCUGCUUCCCCAGGAAGAGAAUCAGCAGCAAGUCGCUGAAAGUUGGCAUGAUCCCUGCCCCAAAGAGGGUGUGUCUCAUCCAGGAGUCAAAGGUCCACGAACCAGUUCGAAUUGCCUACGACAGGCCUAGGGGUCGUCCCAUAGCCAAAAAGAAGAAACCCAAGGACCUGGAAUUUUCCCAGCAGAAACUGACAGACAAGAACGUGGGCUUCCAGAUGCUGCAGAAGAUGGGCUGGAAGGAAGGCCAUGGCCUGGGCUCCCUUGGGAAGGGCAUCCGAGAGCCCGUCAGUGUGGGUACUCUUUCAGAAGGAGAGGGCCUGGGAGCUGAUGGGCCUGAGCAGAAAGAAGACACCUUUGACGUCUUCCGCCAGCGCAUGAUGCAAAUGUACAGACACAAGCGGGCCAGCAAAUAGGUGUGUGCCAGGACGCAGACCAGCAGCUGAUACUACCAGAAAGAAAAUCUGAGUAAGGCAGGAGGGCCAUUCCUGCCAUGUGCCACAUGCUCCUGUUCAGGCACGCGGGGGAGGAAGCUCCUCAACAGAAGGGUAGCUUACUAGCCCCAGCCCUCCCACCCUCCAGUGCCUCUGCCUGGAUUUGUGCAUGCUGUCAUGGGACUGGGCCACCCUCGGCCUUACCUGUUUCUACUCCAGGUUUCUCUCGAAGAUGACAGUUCCUUGCAGGGGCCAAACAGGAUAGACCUGAUGAGUGGCCUUGCUCGGCCACCACACUCCUUCCUGAGGGCCUCAAGUGCUGUUUUGUGAGGGGUCUAUAGGCCUCAUCCUUCCCACUCUUGGUUUUUUGUUUUUACUUGUAUUGUGUGUAUGUGAGUGAGCAGGUGUGUUACAGUGCCCAUAAGAAGAGCAAAGGACAACUUGUGAGUCAAUUCUCCUUCCACCAUGUGUGACUCCGGGAUUGAACUCAGAUCCUCAGGCUUGGUAGCAAGCACCCUUACCCACUGAUUCCUGUUGCCAGCCCUCAUUCUUGGUUCUUGACCUUCUUACCCGUCAUACUUCAUACACAGUUCUGAACAGCCAUUCUCUUCUUAACUAGAUCAGAGCCACUGGCGACAGAGAUAAGCCUCGAAGCAACCUUGCCCUUCCCGUCACCCUGCCCCGGACGCCUGCAGCCUGAGCCUCGGUGUGUACUCGGCCAGCUCCACAUCCCUAGGUCAGGUCCCAGCAGGCCUUGCCACUCUGCAGAGCAGCAGCCACUCAGGCACCCUUGUCUGUCCUGCUUCUGACUCUGUCCUUCAUCUUAUUCCUCUUUGUAGGGUGCUUCCUCAGCCUUGGUGCCCAGGGCCUGGCUCCUCUUUAAGUUCUCCACAAAGCCCUGCCUUCCAGAGCCCUGUGCUGCUGUGUCUUCAGAGCUUAUCUGGAAACAGACGGGCUCCAGUGGAGAGGGAACACUGUGGAUUCUUGCUUUUGAGCAAUGGUGUCUCAGCUCCUACAGAAUUCUGAGAGCUUUGCAGGCUGAAGCAGGGGGAUCUAGGACAAGUUAAAGUCCUGCCUGGCUGUGUAGCAGGACCUGUCUUGAGAGACUUCUCAAAAUCUUAGCCCCAGUUUAAUAUAGUUGAGGCUUAUAAUACUCCUGUUUCUGUCUCUGGGAAGUGCGUUCUGAGGAAAACCCCAGUCUUUCCACCUCCAGCCUCCACUGUGGCUCCUGCAGGCCAGUGCUAUGGUGCUGUAGCACAGUUUCCAUGUACAGUGUCUUUCUGAAGCCUCAGGAAGGGUGGCGUGGCUCAGCUGCCAUGGAUGUCUGCUUUGGAGCCCAACUCCACCCAUGCCCACCACCCCUGUUUGGUACAGAUCCUCUCGAUGCAUCCCAGCCUCCCCGCCACACUGCUGGGCAUUUGAAAUCAGUCUGUGGAAGUCUGGAAAGGCUGAUGUCAGGGCUGGGGACAUGGUGGUCAGGUGUCAACCAUGAGCACAGCAGGAAGAUCUUGCUGUAGUGAUACUCAACUCUCCUCUCAGCUUAGCUCUACUUUCUGUUUCCCAGCAUGCCCUUCUUCACAGCUGCUGCAGCUCACACCACCUCACUCUCUUCUGGUGUCUUGGCAACUAACAGGUCUUUGUAGCAAUGGAGAUGCACUGCCAAUGGGUCACAGUCUGACUCUUGAACACAAAUCUGUAGGGUGGGAGAUGACAGGUCAGGGACCCUAGGCUGCAGUUUCAUCGUCAGGUCUUUCUUUCACCUUCUAGCAGCUUCCAUGUUGGCUGUGGGUUGGAAUGGGACUCUGGUCCAUGGUGGGCUCUUAAGAGGAGUUCCCAUCCAUAAGUGGAGCACACAGACCUGGGUGUGCUGCUCACUCCAUAUCUCCAGCUUCUCUCCAGUCACCUGCAUUUGUGCUGCUCCAUUGGGGCUUCAAGAUGAUUGAGGAAUUGUGGGUAGAUGGCCCUUGUGCCAAGACUCUGGGAGGUGAGACUGUCAGGCAGCCUCCCACGUUGAGAAUGACAUUCCUGGGCACUCUUCUCGAGACAGGAUGAAUAGUGGGGAGAGAGAGAGCACAUAUCUUAUGCCCCUUAACGUGAGCCAUCUUGAUGCUCCUCACACACACCUUGCCAUCCUUGCCCUCCUGGGGCACCUUGCUCUCCAGCCAAGCUGCUCUGUGGGCAGGGCUGUGGAGGACACCUGAUGUAUACUCAUGUGACCUUGUUCCUGUCACAGUGUUUGUCCUGUCAUUCUAGUUCCAGGGUCACAUCCACAAGGACCAUGGAUUCCAAAAGUUGUGCUGGCCUGGCCUGCCCUGGCUCCAGUCUGUUCCUGUUCCUGGAUGUGCGUCGUGCAAGUUGAUUCUGUACCUGGUAAAACCUAGAACACACUUGUGAUGUCACCUCUUGGAUGUAGUUGUGUUUGUAAGGAUCUAAGAAGUCAUGGUGUUGUCGGUGUUGAGUGCUUGGAAUAAAUGAAGAGCAGACCCGCUGCCCGGCUCCUGUGCUGCCAUCACUGAGGACUCAUGGGGGCGGAGGCCUGAGGACUGUGAGGCCAGCCUGGGUUAUAUCAUAGUCUGUAUUGAAGAAGAGAAAAUAAGUCGGAUAGGGUAUCUCAUGCCUAUAAUCUUAGCACUAGGGAGACUGAGGCAGGGGGAUUGCUUUCAGUUCCAGGAUAUUCUGAGCCCUAGAGUGAAACUGUCUCAAACAUGUGAGUCCUGUGAGGAGAACAUGAGAGGUAGCAGUGCACACCUAGGCCUGACAGUGUCUAAUGGCCCGAAAUGGGAUCUGAGCCCUGAUGGCUGCUAUUCCCAGACUCCAGCCCUGACUACAGACAUCCCCAGGCCUGACCAGACAGCAGUCCGUCAACCCAGAUCCAAUGACAAGUGUCCCUAGACAUCUCUAGCCCUCAUGAGUCGCCCCCAGCCUGAUGACAGUGUCACCAGUCCCCGAAAUAGAGGUCUUCCAGGACCAAUGACACCAACCCCUUGACUUUGACAGAUCUUCUCCCAAGCCUAAUGAUAGGCUCUUUCCUUUACAUGAUGAUCAAGUAUCCCCAUGUCCACUUUAUUCUAGCCUCUAAUGAGUAGAUUUGUCCUAUAGGUGCCUUCUGUGACCCAAGCUGGUCUUGAAUUCAAGAUCUUCUGCCUCAUCUUCUAGAGUCCUGGGAUCAUGGGUCUGUCACCAGACAUAGUCUCUGAGAGAAUGGCUGUCCAUGGCUUACCUGCCUUGUCCCUACCUGGGGCAAGAGCACUGAAUAGUGGGGCCUUAGAUGUGAUUUUGUUCCCUAAGGAGCCUUUGCCUCUGGCUUUUUUUACCAGUACUUCCCUGUCCCUGUCCCUCAGCAGGAGGGUAGUAAGGAUACCAGGCUGAGCAUGGUUCCCAGGACAGGUGAUGCUGCACUCAGGAAAAACCCUGGGGGUGGCCUAGAGACCAGCAGCACAGGGCCCUUCAAAAGCUUCACCUCCUCUGCUUUAUCCUAGAGGAAUUUUGACCAUGAUGGUGGCCAGCCAAGCCCUGCCACCUGGCACCCUGUCUCCUGUUUCCACCCACCCAAUUCUCCUCAGCACAGCCAUUGUGGGGGCCAUGUAGACCCAGGGCAGAGUCUCUAGCCACGGGGGAAGAGGCCCUGGGGGACCUUACCAUUCAAUCUUUGACCUUUGUUCUCAGUUUCCUCUGGCAAAUUGUAAAGAGCCAUCAGAAGGUAAAA